ACAUCCACACUCUGCGUGUCUUCAGAUAAAAAUCCCACAUGCGGACAGAUACUGCCCAUUCUGCAAAAGCUCGAGGCACAUCUAACUGUGAAAGAGGGAGACMCYGUGUUUGUAUCCAACCUUAAAAAACAAGUUUGGUCAAACCUAUCCAAGCGCUACCAGAAUGAUGAGAUCAGAGCCUUUCUGCAAGUGACCACUGCAUUGGAUCCGCGCUUUAAAAAGAUGGAUGACAGCGUCUGGGACCAGAUCCAGAGAAAGCUGAUUGGGCAGUCAACAGCAGGAGAUGAUGGGGUGACCAUGCGGGCUGAGAAUGAAGGAGUAGAGGAGGAGGAGGAGGAGGAUGAGGAUGUGAGUCAGCUGCCUCCCUGCAAACUGCCCAGAAAGRCUCCACUGGAGGAGCUGUUUGCUGAGGAAGAGGCCCAGAAUGUAGCUUUGCAGCAGAGAUCCGUAUCUAUCCAAAAACAAGUGGAGAGAGAGCUGCAGAUGUACCAGGAAAUUCCACCAACCAUUAUGUCUGAAGACCCUGCUGCUUGGUGGUGGAACCAACGAAAGACUUAUCCUUUGCUGUCGAAUCUCGCAUUCUCAUAUUUAUGCGCUCAGGCAUCGUCAACAUCCAGUGAACSUGUGUUCUCCACUGCAGGAGACACUAUCUGUCCAGAACGUUCACGCAUACUGCCUGAGAAGGCAGAUAUGAUCAUUUUYCUCAACAAAAAUUGUUGAGGAAUUUUUGCUGCUAAUCUGGUCUAAGCUGCAGAAGUUGUUGUGUGAAUGCCUGGUUAGAUUUUAGUUCUGUUCAACUAUURGUUUAUCCCUUUUUAUCUUCUGUACAGCUAUUUUAUUUAAACAGCYGAUCUGUUUAAAGAAACAUUCAGCCUUUUUAAGUUUUGAUUAAAAAAUGUUAAGGAUUGGAUUGUUCACAAUUGCAUAUUGUUGUUGACCAACUUAAAGGGACAUUUAGCAUUUUGAAGCUGUAGUUAAAAAUUUUUGAGGUUUGUUCAAAAACCUUAUGCCAAAUUUAGUAUUUUUUUUUCUGGUUUUACAGUGAGAAUUCUGCUUUUUUCUGCUUUUGCACUUCUUUCUGCUGCUGAA